UCUCUCUCUCCGGUUAAAGCUUCAAGCUUCAAGCUUCUAGUUUUCGGUUUUCCUCUGCUGAAAGCUCCAAAAGCUUCAUCAUCUUCACCUGAUAUUGUUGUUUGCAUUUUGCAAAGUCUCAAGGCCAAGCAUAUAUUAUGAUGAUGGCUUCCAGAACUCCCGGAACGCCAAGAGCUAAGAAGGAGAAGAUUGUUGUGUUAGUGUGUUUAAGGCCUCUAAGCAAAAGGGAGGAGCUCGCAAAAGAACAAGUUUCGUGGGAUUGCCUCGGCGACAACACCAUUGUUUAUAAACCCCCGCCUCACGAACGUUCCACUCAAUCCGCCUCGUUUACAUUUGAUAAAGUUUUCGGUCCUGGUUCAACCGAAGCAGUAUAUGAGGAAGGAGUGAGAAAUGUUGCCUUGUCUUCUCUGAUGGGAAUUAACGCUACUAUAUUUGCUUAUGGACAAAGUGGCAGUGGCAAGACAUACACAAUGAAAGGAAUAAUGGAAAAAGCUGUCGAUGAUAUCUACAACCAUAUAACGAAUACUCCAGAGAGGGAGUUUGGAAUAAAAAUUUCGGGACUUGAGAUAUACAAUGAGAAUGUCCGCGACUUGCUGAAUACAGAAUCUGUUGGCAAUUUAAAGCUUCUAGAUGAUCCAGAGAAAGGAAUCGUGGUUGAGAAAUUGGUGGAGGAAGCUGCAAGCAGUCAUCAGCAUCUGAGAAGUUUAAUCGGAAUUUGCGAGGCUCAAAGAGAAGUUGGUGAAACUGCUCUAAAUGAUAACAGUUCACGGUCUCAUCAAAUAAUAAGGCUGACAAUUGAAAGUACAGUCCGUGAAAGUUUAGACUGCAGGACGUCUUUCGUUGCAAGCCUGAAUUUUGUAGACCUAGCUGGAAGCGAAAGAGCUCCAGAGACGCAUGCAGACGGUGUUAGGCUAAGGGAAGGCUGCCAUAUUAACCUUAGUUUGAUGACACUUACUAACGUUAUCAGAAAGCUCAGUGCUGGAAAAUUAAGUGGUCAUAUACCUUACCGAGACUCAAAGCUCACUCGCAUAUUGCAACAUUCCCUUGGAGGAAAUGCUCGCACUGCCAUCAUAUGUACCUUGAGUCCAGCACUGAGCUACGCUGAACAAUCUCGAAACACUCUCUUCUUUGCUACACAGGCAAAGGAGGUAACAAAUGAUGCCAGCGUGAACACGGUUGUAUCAGACAAGCAGCUAGUGAAACACUUGCAAAAGCAAGUAGCUAAGCUGGAAGCAGAGCUGUACACCCUUUAUCCACUGAGGGAAAGAAUUCAGCAGAUGGAAAUGGAAAGGGAAUUGAGAAGUGAAAGAGAUUUGGCUCAAUCUCAAGCGGAUGAGUUGCGCCAUAAACUUGAGGUUCAGAGUUUAUAUCCAUUGGAAUUACCUCAUCGCUCUGUGGACAACUGUCUCUCCUACACUGGUGUGCUACCAAUAUCAUUUUAUGCCAAGGAACUAGGAGAUUGUGAUACAGCAACAAAUGCAAGGACCAAGCACUCCAUUAGGCACUCGUCAACUCCUCCUUUCAUGCCAAGACGUGAAGUUCUAAAACAUGAAAUCUCAUCAGAGCAACUUUCGGAGGAACCAAGUCGAGCUCUAAAACUAAAAGUGCUUUACAAAAGCAAAUUGGUGAUUCCUCCUUGCAUUCAAGAUUUAGCUUUCAGGUGCUUGGAGGAUUUAUUUCGUCCUCAAAUAAACUCUCUCUUACUUUCCACACAGGCAAAGGGUGAAUCUAACAUGGUUGUUCCGGACAAGAAACUAGUCAAACGUUUGCAAAUGGAAGUGCUCAGGCGGGAAACAGAGGUACCCACCGUGUCAAGGGAAGAAGAUUUAAGAAUUCAGAAGGUUUUAAACCAAUUAGAAUUACCUCAUCCUUAUGUAAAGAAACUUAUCUUCUGCAUCGGUGCGCUUCCUGCAACAUUUUAUGCUGAGGAGCUAGGAGGCGGUGAUAGGGCAAGAAAUACAAUGAUCAGGCACUCCAUGAGGCUCUCAUCAUUUGCUCCCUUUACGCUAAACCAUGAAAUUCUAAGACUUGAAGUCCUGCUGGUGCAACUUGGGGAGGGACCAUGUCGAGCUUUGGAAAUAGUAUUACAAAAGGAGGUAGCUAUGCACGGACUAGAAAACCAUGAUAGGGCAAGAAAUACAAUGAUCAGGCACCCCAUAAGGCUCUCAUCAUUUGCUCCUUUCAUGCUAAACCGUGAAAUUCUAAAACUUGAAGUCCUGCUGGCGCAACAUGGGGAGGGACCAAGUCGGGCUUUGGAAAUAGUAUUACAAAAGGAGGUAGCCUGGCAGGGACUAGAAAACCAAGAUGCAGGUGAAACUUUUUGUAACCUGCAAGCAGAGAUAAAAGAAACGCAUUAUACCAGUUCUCGGCCAAAAGAAUUUGAAGUAGGAAGUCUUGUUCCUGUUAAUAAAAAUGAAAUUCCUAGACUUCACUCACAGGGCAGCGCCAUUGCAAAUCUUGAAGAACAGUUUCCAAACGUGCAGUAUGUUACAGACAAAUUAGUGUCUCUCCCUUGCAUUCAAUUGUUGGCUUUGAGGUUCUUGGAGGAUUUAUUUCGUCCUCGUGAGGUUACUGGUGAUGUUUUGGAACAAAUUAAGAAUGAGCCUCUAAUACAUAACAUAGUUCCGUUGCUCGGAUCUUGGCAAGAAGAUGAAGCCGAAGAUGAUGGUGGCUUUCAUCUUGAACCAGGAACAUCAAUUGCUGCUCCUCCAGAUGUAUCUGCUGUAGAAUAUGACUAUAUCGGUGAACAUGUUUUUCAUGUUAAAGUAGAACAUCCUGCAGAUAGAUAUGAGAAGAAGACUAUUUCUGAUGAAGCCAAAGAGCUCAUGGAUUGUCAUAGGGAGACAAGUGACAGCAGUGCAUUCCGUAAUGGGAAGAUUGAUGUCUCCGUGGAAAAUUGUGAUUUCUUGGGCUUCCUAUGUAGUAAUGGUGGUCAGUUGCUGAUUUGUAAUACAAGUAAUUGCCCUUCGGUAUUUCAUCAGAACUUCGAGUCUGACUUAAUAUGCUAUAAGAAGGGUAAAUAUUACUGCCCCAUCUGUUCAUAUUCUCUUGCUCAUGAGAAUAGGCUGGGUGAGAUAGAAGAAAAGUUGAGAAGAAAGGCAGUGGCUUUUGAGGAAGUCUUCUCCGGCUGUUCUGAUGGUUAUAUCGUUGAUGAACAAGUGAAUGCGCGAAAUGAAAGUGGUUACGGUUGUGACAGUCAAUUUGACGAUGCUCAAGUUCAUAACCAAUUUGUCAGAGUGGAAGACAAUGAGAUCAAAGAAGGGACGGAGUUUGAGGUCGAAGAUGAGAACAAUGGUGGCAACAGUGUCAGUUGUAGAGGUGAAGGCACCAAUGAAAUAAUUAGAGGAGGUUCUGGACACCAGUGCGUAUCUGAACUGCUUGAGUUGCAACAGGAUGAGGAAACUGCUGUCGAAGAAAGUUCAGACAAAAAUGAAGAAGAUGAAGAUGGGAAAAGGGUGUUUGCGGAGAAAGAAGACGAAAUUGAGAAUGCAGAACUUAUGCAACCAGAAUCAAUGGAAGUGCCCUCAAAUACCAUUUUUCUAUCUGACACAGAGUCUCCUGUAGUGCAUCAAAGAAGGGAAGACAAUGAGAUCAAAGAAGGGAUGAAGUUUGAGGUUGAAGAUGAGAACAAUGAUGGGGACAGUGUCAGUUGUAGAGGUGAAGGCACCAAUAAAGUAAUCAGAGGAGAUUCAGAACACCCGUGCGUAUCUGAACUGCUUGAGCUGCAACAGGAUGAGGAAACUGCUGUCGAAGAAAAUUCAGACACAGAUGAAGAAGAUGAAGGUGGGAAAAGGGUGUUUGCGGAGAAAGAAAACGAAAUUGAGAAUGCAGAACUUAUGCGACCAGAAUCUCUGGAGAUGCCCUCAAAUACCAUUGUUCUAUCUGACACAGAGUCUCCUGUAGUGCAUAAAACCCAUGAAAAAGCGCCAAAGAGUUUUACCAUCGUUCUGUCUGAUUCCUCGGAAUCUGAUGCUUCAGAUACUUCGUCUCCUUCCAUGGAACCGGAAGUUUCAGAUACUUGGUCUCCUCUACUGGGCGAGAUACAGCCUAAACCUAAAGCUCAAAAGACAAGAGAAUCUGGAAAUCAACCAACGAGGUCAAACUUGCCACUGCCUAGAAGGAGGCGGCGUAUGAGAUUAUACUGGACAAGAGAAGAAGAAGAAAAGUUGAAGGAGCUUGUGAACAGUUUUCCAGCCACUGGAAAGUACCGAUGCUGGAAGAAAAUUUUGGAAAAUGGUCGUGAUGUAUUUCACAAGGAUCGAACUCCGAAUGAUCUGAGAAAUAAAUGGGGAAAGAUGCGGGUGAAAGGCAAAGCUGAAUUCUGACUUCUGAAAGCGGCGAACUGUACAGACCGUACUCAAACCUUGCUUCGUGACCAUCGACAUUCUUUGAGAUUUUGGAUCAAAGAAUUUGACUUGAUAUGUAUAUUGACUUAGUAGCAUUAUGUAAAAAUGUUUUUGCAUCCUAAGAAACCUGUACAUAUCUCAGCA